CAAAAUUAUGCAAAAUAACUAUAUAUAUUCAUAGAAAGAGAUAGAUAUAAUAAAUGUCACUUUAAAGAAUCACUCUUCAAUUCUAUAUACAUUAACUACUCCAUUGUUUGGGCUCUAAUUGGAGUAGUAGUAGCAACAUAGAAAUAAGCUCAUUCAAUAGAAAUUAAUACAGAAGAAGAAAAUCAAAAACAAAAAUCAACAGAAGAAAUAUAUCUAUCUAGCUAAAAGAUAUUUGGUCUUUUUUUUCCCAAGCAAUAUUUGAUCAUGAAGCAGAAGGCAUCAUUGGCAAUACUAACAUGGAUGGUUUUUGCUAUUUUGUUCUUGAUGAGUGGCUUUGUCAAUGGGGAGAGGGUGUUAAAAGAUAUAAAGCCAGAAACUUUGGUUAAUCAUCAUGAAGAGAAACAUUCUGGGAUUUUAAUUAGAGUUAUUCAUUUUUUCUGGGAGGGUGGAAAAUCUUCUUACCAACAUGUUUGGCCUGAGAUGGAGUUUGGCUGGAAAAUCGUUGUGGGAUCGAUAGUUGGAUUCUUUGGCGCGGCUUUGGGAAGCGUUGGAGGCGUUGGAGGUGGCGGAAUUUUUGUUCCAAUGCUUACUUUGAUUGUUGGUUUUGAUCCCAAGUCUUCUACUGCCAUUUCAAAGUGCAUGAUUAUGGGAGCUGCAGGGUCAACAGUAUACUAUAAUAUGAGACUUAGACACCCAACAUUGGAGAUGCCUCUUAUAGAUUAUGAUCUAGCCUUGCUAUUUCAGCCAAUGCUCAUGCUUGGAAUUAGUAUUGGUGUGGCUUUUAAUGUCAUGUUUGCUGAUUGGAUGGUCACUGUUCUGCUCAUCAUUCUCUUCUUAGGUACAUCUGCAAAAGCCUUAUUGAAAGGUAUAGACACAUGGAAAAAAGAGACUGUGAUGAAAAAGGAUGCACAGAAACAGCAAGAAUCAGAAUCCAAACCAGGUGAUGAAUCUGGUUCAGACUACAAACCGCUACCGAGCGGUCCAACUGCGAAACACGAGGAGGAAGUGCCUAUGCUGCAAAACAUAUAUUGGAAAGACUUAUCACUUCUAGUGUAUGUUUGGGUGGCUUUCCUUAUUGUUCAGAUUGUUAAAACAUAUGCCAAAACUUGCUCCAUCAAAUUUUGGGUCUUAAACUCCUUGCAGGUGCCAAUUGCUGUAUCAGUUACACUUUUUGAGGCCAUCUGUUUAUACAGAGGGACUAGAGUGAUUGCAUCCAAAGGAAAAGAAAUCACAACUUGGAAAUUACAUCAAAUAUUUAUGUACUGCUCUUGUGGAAUUAUAGCUGGUAUGGUUGGUGGAUUGCUUGGCCUUGGUGGUGGUUUCAUAUUAGGACCUCUUUUCCUUGAACUGGGAAUCCCUCCUCAGGUGGCAAGUGCUACAUCAACAUUUGCUAUGGUAUUCUCAUCUUCCAUGUCAGUUGUACAGUAUUAUCUUCUCAAUCGUUUCCCAGUUCCAUAUGCUUCUUACUUUGUUCUUGUUGCUACAAUUGCUGCAUUUACUGGUCAGCAUGUAGUUCGAAAACUAAUCGCGAUUCUUGGUCGAACAUCAAUAAUCGUCUUCAUACUAGCUUUAACCAUAUUCAUCAGCGCAAUCAGUUUAGGUGGAGUUGGCAUAGCAAAUAUGAUUGAGAAAAUGGAGAACCAAGAAUACAUGGGAUUUGAAAAUUUCUGCCACCAAUCUUGAAUAUGCUCUGUAAUAUAAAGCAUUGAAAUUUCAAUUUCUUUUUUCUUCUUUUGAAUGGUUAUAUAUUUGAGCACUGGAAUUUUCUUAUCAUUCUCAUAAAAUGUUCUCCUUGUGAAACAAUGUCAUUUGUCAUUAUUCAACAAAUUAUUGUAACAAAACUCUUCUUUAAUAAUACAAUAAGAUGGUAAUGUUUCAUA